CCGCGACCAGCACCAGCGCAUCCUGCGGCCAUGGCUGACGGCUUCUUCCAGCGCAAGCCCUGGGACCACGACCACGUCCGCCGAAGCCCCGACCCCGAGUCCGACGGCCUGUUCGACAAGGCCCCUCCGGAGGAGCCCCCGGCCCGCAACCACAAGUGGGGCGGCAAGAAGAGCGGCCGGCGCGCGGCCAGGGCGCAGGCGGCCCGCGCUGCGCAGUCCAAGGCCCUCGCGCGCUCGCAGCCCAAGGAGGAGGCUCCGCCGCUGGACGAGGGCUGCUACCUCGACCACUUCCCGCACCUCUCCAUCUUCAUCUACGCAGCGAUCGCCUUCUCCAUCACCUCCUGCAUCUUCACCUAUAUCCACCUGCAGCUUGCCUAAGG